AAACCCGCGAAUUGUUCUACGUUUUUUCACACAACACACACUGGCGUAGAAAGGGUGAGACUAAUUGUCGCGCAAUUUCAAUCUAAAAUCCAAUCAGCUACGGAGCGUAGAAGAAAUCCAAUGACGGAGGACAGUUGCCCUAGGGUUGCAUCAUCAUCGGAAUCUGAUUCAUCGGUGACCAAACAAAGAAGAAAGAGAAAGUGGGAUCAGCCGGACGAAUCAUUGCUUUCUGCUGGAGUAGCAGUUCCAGGGAUACUCCCUCUAGCUAACAUGGGAUAUCUGCCCAUGCCUGCUGUCUCCUUAGUACCAGGGGCUCCUCUUGCAAUCCCUUUUUCCACUUCCAACUCCAACGCGCUACAAGUUAUUCAGGUGCCUUUGCAGCAACAUGCUGCUUCCAUCAUCCAAAAGCUAGUUCAACCGAAAAUCCAAGAUGAACUAAUAGCUAGAGAAAUUAUCAUAAACGAUGCUGACUCGGCUAUCCGGUAUAGGCUUACAAAGCGCCAAACUCAGGAAGAGAUUCAGAAGAGCACUGGAGCUGUCGUAAUCACUCGGGGGAAAUAUCAUCCACCUAAUGCCCCACCUAAUGGUGAGAGACCUCUAUAUCUCCACAUAUCCGCAGCCGCACAUUUAGAAACAACAGCAGAACGAAUUAAAGCAGUUGAUCAUGCUGCUGCAAUGGUGGAAGAAAUGCUGAAACAACCAAAUGCAAACAAUGGAGUUAAGGUUGAUCAUUUAUUAAGUACCUGUAUCUUUUUGGGAUUUGAGGUAGACCCAUCAGUAGACAUCGCUUCCUGCAUCCGUGGCCCAAAUGACCAGUAUGUAAACCACAUUGUGAAUGAAACAGGAGCAACUGUCUCACUAAGAGGACAGCGUUCUGGGUUCGCUGAAAAUGGACAGUGUGAAGAAACGCAACAACCUUUGCAUUUGUUCUUGUCAAGCAAUGAUGCAAAACUCCUUGAACGUGCUAAGCUCUUGGCAGAAAAUCUUUUGGAUACAAUUUGUGCUGAGUUUGGUUCAUCUAGGAUAUCUUCAUGUAAGGUGUAUGGUGCUGUUCCACCUCCACCUCAGUUGCAAGCUGGGGUCAACAGUCCUGGAAAUGCACCAAAACUCAAUAAUAUACCUGCUUUCACGGCAACUACCUCUGGUUUAAGCAUUAUUGCCUCUCAGGGUUCAGUAUCUCAAUCUGGAUUGCCAAAUUCUGUACUACCUCAGACAAACACUUGCUAUCCUCACGGGUUGACGAGUGGAACAAGCUAUAUUGGUUAUGGUGGAAUAUAUCCCCAAGUGACGCCUUUGCAACAAGUUGCUUUAGCCCUUAAGCACACGACUUCACCAGUUACUGCUACAAUUUCUCCUGCUAUCACAACAACACGCACAAGCAUAGACCCACCGAGAGAGGUGCCCUCCUUUGCGAAUGAUAAACGUUCCCAAAGACGGAAGUUCCAGGAGUUGCCUGCUGCUGCAAAAGGCCCUGCAAGCAUAAACCAGGUAUUUUCACUGACCUUCUAUGAAGCUUACAGGCUGGUACUGGACCUCUAUAUUGGAGAUUUGCAUGUCUCACAGGGUGCUAAAUUGACAUGGCAUGUGAUACUUUAUGCUGUUCCAUUGCAUCUUUCUGGUGCUGGUCGAGAUUCUGCUUAUUGGGUUAUAUCUAUUUAUGGCAUCUGAAUGAAAUGAUUAGCUGUUUCUGCAACUUACUUUUCGAAAAAUAUAUUGGAAGUCAAGUUCUCUUGUAGUUGCCUGGAAAUAAAAACUAUUGAUAGGAUAGUGCUCUGGCUUUUCUUAUAAACCAGUCAUCAUGUUUCAAAACCAUGUUUGGAGUAUCUUCCGUUACUUGUCCCCCCAUGUAUACCUCGGUGUGCGUAUAGAGUGUGCAUUCCUUCUUUUAGUCUAGAAGCUUGAAUAGUUUCUGAAUUUUCCCAUUUCCUAUAUUUAUAUUUGAGGCAGAAAUUCUGGUUUAUACUUGCAUUGCUACUUGUGUACAUGGUUUAUGACACCUUAUAUUUGCUAACUUGAGGGAUCUGUUGUUAUAUGCUUUCCCAGAAGAAAAAACAGGGAUCCGAAUUUCCCAUGCCACGUGAACUAACUUCACAUGUAGGUGUAAGAGAUAUUUCAGCUGUUCGAGAUUCUAAAAAUUCAUCAUCUUUUCAAAUGCCUCCUCCUCCUCCUAAGAGUUUACUGCCACCUCCUCCCCCGCCAAAGUUCGACUCAACACCGCAACUGCAUGUAAACA